UAACAACCUGCGAAGCUAACAAAGCUAGCUCGGUGAGAACAGUUCGCAUCUUUACAAACAGGCAGGGAAACCCGACGGAAAUGAGUCGAGAGCUGAACGAAGAGGAGCUUCAGGACUUGUACGCGUGGAUAGAUAAAAUAUCGCUGUCCCGACCGAAGAGACACAUCACAAGAGACUUCAGCGACGGAGUGAUGGCUGCUGAGGUUGUGAAAUAUUUCUUCCCAAAGCUUGUUGACCUUCACAAUUAUGUUCCUGCUAACUCCACACCACAGAAGCUCAGUAACUGGAGCCAACUCAACAGGAAGGUGUUUUCCAAGCUGAACUUUCAUUUGCCUGAAGAAACAGUGAAGAGGAUUGCACUGAGCACUGCAGGAGUGAUAGAGCCUGUGCUGAGCGCCCUGAGGGAGAAGAUAGACAAGAAACUGGAGCAGACUGCAGACAACAUACUGCUGUGCACUGAUUUGGAAUAUUUUGACACCAGGUACCACGAGAAACCUCCUGCAGAAAUUCGUCAGACUGAAGUGGCUCAGCUGAGAGAAGAGGAAAUAAAAAAAGAUGAUGACAGAAGACAAAGAAACGGUAACCCGCAGCACACAGUACAGUCCUACACAGACAUGGACCGAAGAUACAGAAUAAUCCUGCAGGAAAAAGAACAAACUGCCAUGGCUUUGCAGGAGACUGUAGAGAUCUUGCAGAUGAAAGUGAGCAGGUUAGAGCAUCUGGUUCACUUGAAGGACAUACGUAUUGAAGAGCUAACCCAGCAUCUGAAGACAUACAAAGCCAAAGGCAAUCCACGCUGAUGAAAAGUUACACAAAAUCCACACAGUUUGUAAUAAUAACGUGAAGACAUAAUCCUGUAACACAAACUCUUCUACUGUUAAAGGUAAAUGAAUGUAAAUGAUUAUAGUUCUAUUAUUGCCUGUUGAAAUGCAUCAGAUUAGUAUUUUCUACGUAAACUUUCCUAUAGUUUUCUCUAUAAUAAAAGUAUUUUUGUAGACCUGCAAAUGAAGCUGAGUCCCUGUGUUAAACAGGUUUGUUGUUCAGGUGAAAGAUUUUCUGCUGUAAAUGUUUUAUUAUUCUGUUUAUGAAGCAUCUUAAUAAGUCGUUGCCUCUGUGUGAGCAGCAUGUAGAAUGUGUUUUUCACGGUGUAUCACAACAUAUCUACAGUCUUCUUUAACUUCUGUGCCUUCACACAUCCUAUGACGUCUGACUGCCAAGCGCUCAAUAAAUCAAUGAACUACUGUGA